AUGAAGCAUAGCUACUGCUAUCCUUGUCGUUGGAUCCCCUUUAGAUCUCCUCCGUGUCUUCUGCUGUCCCUAAAAUCCGACCUCAAAGCUAGUACAAUCUUUGUUGAUUAUGUGAUAAGGAGUGAAAAUGAAAGUGGGCUUGAGGUUAAAGAGAAGGGUGUUGUGAGGGUCAAGGCUGAGGCAGAUCUAUUUUGCAAAUCUCUUUUGUUACUGCAAAGGAGAGGAAUGACUAAGGCAGAGCCAGGAAGGCGGAUGCAGAGCCUUGAGCGCCACACCCCUAUGUGA